AUGAGAGACUUCCGUGGAGAUGGGAGGGAGGCGAAGGCGGGGGACUCUAACUAUCGGGUCGACUGGAAAGGAGAAAGAGACAUGAGGACGGAAAGGAAAGAGAGCAGAGACCAUCAAGGAGGAGAGUCUCGGGGAGAAGGCCGAGAAGGAAGGCGAGGAGGUGAAGGCAGGGAGUCUAGCAGAGGUGCUGGUCUUAGUGAAUCACGAGGACUCAAUUCUGACGACAUCCGCAUGAGCAUGCAAGAAGCAGGAGAGGUGCAUAUAUCCUUUCAGUCCUCCUCUGCUCAAAGAGAGAGCCUGCGAGAGGAGAAAGAGAAAGAAAGGGAGCGCUUUGAAAAGGAGAAAGAGAAGGAGAAGGAGAAAGAUCGGAUGAAGGACAAGGAGCGGCAUUGGUGGAGAAAGCGCGUCGAUACCUUUGGUAGCUUAGAUAGCUACCACAGGCUUCAUGGAAAGCGGACCAGAGUUCAUGCAUACAAAGCAUCGCACCCCGGCUGGACGUGA